CUACCGGGUCCCGAAGCUCUGGUCGCUCCCGGAACGCCAGGCUCGAACCCCUGGUUUCCGGCCGGCCGAGGCGCUCAGCUGCCUGAGUCCACGGAAGCGGGCUCGGAGGGCCGGUCCCGGCCGGACCAGAUAUGGCGCCGCCGGCGGGCGGCGCGGCGGCUGCCUCGGACCCGGGCUCGGCCACGGUGCUCUUGGCCGUGCACGCCGCGGUGAGGCCCCUGGGCGCGGGACCGGACGCCGAGGAGCAGCUGCGGAGACUGCAGCUGAGCGCGGACCCCGAGCGGCCCGGGCACUUCCGGCUGGAGCUGCUGGGCGCUGGGCCCGCGGCGGUCAGUUUGGAGUGGCCCUUGGAGUCAGUCUCCUACACCGUCAGAAGUCCCAGCCAACACGAGCUGCAGCCUCCACCGGGAGGGCCUGGAACCCUCAGCCUGCACUUUCCCAACCCUCAGGAGGCUCAGCAGUGGGCAGCCCUGGUCCGAGGUGCCACUGUGGAGGGACAGAAUGGCAUUGACAGCGUGCCUCCAGCCCUGGGCCCAGAAAUGUGCCCUGUGUCCCCACCCAGCCCCCCUGAAGUGCCCACACCCAAGGCCCCCCAACCAAAGAUGGAUCUUCCCUGGAGUCCCGGAGACUUGGUGGAGAAAGAAGAGCUAGCAGACCACCUGGCCCAGGCCAUCGAGGGUGGAGAUGAGAAGGGGGCAGCCCAAGCAGCUGCCAUCCUGGCCCAACAUCAUGUGGCCCUCAAUGUCCAGCUCCGGGAAGCCUGCUUCCCUCCCGGCCCCAUCAGGCUACAGGUCGCAGUUGAAGAUGCUGCAUCCUCUGCCCAUGUCUCGCUGCAGGUCCACCCUCACUGCACCAUAGCGGCCCUCAAAGAGCAGGUGUUCUCGGAGUUUGGCUUCCCGCCGGCUGUGCAGCGCUGGGUCAUCGGGCGGUGCCUGUGUGCACCUGAGUGCAGCCUUGCCUCCUAUGGGGCACGGCGAGACGGGGACUCUGCUUUCCUCUAUCUGCUCUCUGCCCCUCGAGAAGCCCCAGGACGAAGCCCUCAGCAACCCCAGAAGAUGGACGGGGAACCAGGCUGCCUGUUUCCUCCGGUGUCAGGGCUGCUUCAAGCCCCCCAGCCAGCCAGCUCCAGCCUCCCCAGCCCCCUUCAGACCGGCUGGGCCUGCCCUUCCUGCACCUUCAUCAAUGCCUCAGCUCGACCAGGCUGUGAGAUGUGCAGCACCCAGAGGCCCUGUGCUUGGGAUCCCAUUCCCCUAGCCUCCACCCAGCAGCCACCAAAGGUACCUGAGACAGAGCUACAGAAAGGAUGGGGACAGGGUGGCACAACAAGCAGAAGGAUGUGUUUUCUUCUACCCCCAGGUCACAAGGAGAGAGGAUGGCCCUUCCCUCCCAGGCCCCAGGUUCCUGGACCCCCUUCCGAACCUCUCAGGGGAUCUCUGCUGACUGCUCACUGGGGACAGAGACGGGUGGGGGAGGGGCCACGAGCCAGAGUCAUUAAAGACACUUCUGAGCCUGCUGAGUGUCCCGUCACUGUGCCUUUGUGCACACAGGGCUGCUGGGAGAUGGAAAAGUAGGACACAGCCUCUCCAGGAUGGAACUUGGCAGAGGUGGGGCUUCUUAGUCAAGCCCAGGGGGCUGCUGAAGAGUGUACUUGGACCUCAAGUCUCAGGGGUCCUAGAAACAUGGUUCUCUCUUGCCAGACCACAAGUUUGCAGAGUACACCCUGGCUGCUGACCACUGGGAUGGGGCCCUCUGUGUGAUUCCCUCAGAACCCCUCAGGCACAUACCCCCUCCUUUGUCCCACCUGCCAGCCCCUGCCCCUGGGCUGCUCUAGCCAGGGCACCCCUUACAGUCUCUCUGGGGGACAAGAAAAGCUCAAACUAGGACCCCUGUGCAGCUAGGACAGCACCUCUGUGGCUACCCUGCCCUCACGUGAACCCAGAUGCUGUCUGGCCCCACCUCCAGCUGCUUGGAAGUCAUACCAUUUAACAAACACCCCAAAGCCUCUCCACCCCUUGUGUGACCCUCAGCUGACAGCAUGUCCAGCCGAGACCAGGAGCACAUUCCAGGCAGUCUGCCUGCCGCUCUCUGUGAAGAGCCGUCUUCCUCCUCUCCCAGGAACAGCUCCUGCAGCUCCUACUUCAGGCUAGGCCUCUCCUGUUGGAAGUGCUGCCAGACUCCCUACUGCCCUAAGGAUGAAGGCCACGUGGCUCCAUAGUGACACUUGGCUGGUUACUCCAGCAGGUGCUUAGGCCCCUGGACCAUGACCAGCUGGGCCAAGCCCUUUCCCCUCUGUGACCAGGUGAUUUCCCCACCCUGAGUGUGCUGCCUUCUUUAACAGCUAGUACUCUGCUUCCUGGGCCAUAUCCAGUACUGCCUGGCCUCCCAGCUACCAGGCAGUGGUCAGUGCUGGCCACACUGCGUGGAGCACCCCUGGAAACCUGUGUUCCCAUCACACAAUGGCUCAAAUGUGUUAUGUUGAGAAAAUUAAUUUAUUUCCAUGAUGGGGGUGGAAGGAUCUCCAGGUAGAACUCAGUCUCCUGCCCCCUCCCCUCUCAUCCUAGAGGGAGGGGGACUUGGCCGAGAAGGCCAGCUGGGGCC